CAAGAUUCAUGAUGAGCAAAAUAUAAAAAUAGAUACAAAAACAAAUCCAAUACAAUUAAUAGAGUUUAAUCCUUUCGUUAAUGAUGGCUUCUAAAUUUGUUGACACUGUUCCAAUGAGUGUUAUGGAAGACUACAUAAACUGUACCAUAUGUAUGAAUAUUUUGAAGAAAACUGUUACCACUAGUUGCUGCCAUAGAUUCUGUGAUACAUGUAUAAGAGAAUGGAUUGAUAGAAAUUCUUCUUGUCCAUGUUGUAAUACAAGACUGACACAUGAAAAUCUGUAUAAUGAUCGUCAGUUUGAUAGUCUAAUAGAGGAUAUAAUGAAAGAUAAAGAAAGAUCUGAGUUAAAAUAUUAUGAAGAAGUUUGUAAUCAGAGAGUUUCGAUGAGAGAAUGUUGUGACUUAGGUCAGAAAGAAGUUUAUGUUGAAACUAGUUCUUCAGGACAGAAUACACUUAAUCAACCACAAGAAGAAUUAGAAACAGUAGAGGUUGUAUUCCGUAAACAUCAACAGAAAAGUUUAGCAGAUCAUGGCAGAUAUUUUCAGUCUUUAAAAAAUGAAUACGAAAAGAAAAGGAAGAAGUUAGAGCAAGAAAAACAGAAAACAAUAGAUGAAAAUACUAGUGAUGUCAUGAAAGUUGAACAUUUAAAUACAGAAAUUGAGAAACUAACUACAGAAUAUAAUAAUUGUCAACACUUAGUAGCACAAGCCUAUGACAGAUAUUUAACAGAGAAGAUUCCUAGUUUAUAUAUAUUACCAGUCUCAGUAUCAGUCUAUAUUGUGGAAAAAAAUAUACGUUUACAAGAUUUUAUUUUUCAACCAGAGGAAAGUAUGAAGAAAUUACAAGAUUUAUUGAGCAGAACAAUGUUAGAAAGACAUGAUGAGAUCAUAGAAUAUACUGACAAAACUAUUUAUAUAUUUGGUCCCAUGUGUAAAGUGAAAGGUGGAGAUGAAAUAAAAAAUAUAAUAGAUGAACUAGAGAAUGGUAGGAUAUAUGAAGGUAUUAGAAGAACACGAUGGUGUGAGAAACCAGUUUUACAGUGUGAAAUGAAACCAGGAUCUGAGAUUGUGUUAUUAAACUGUAUGAAAUAUGAAAGUGAUAAUCCACCAACAUGUUUUGUUAAGAAAUAUAAAGAAGGAGAAGACCAUAUAGUUGAUUACUAUAAAUGUCAAGAUUGUAAAUUUAAUUGGAUCUGUAAAUCCUGUAUCAGAAUAUGUCAUGAAGAUCAUAGAACAUCAGUACAUGUUUUAAACAACAAACCAACUUGGGCUUGUUGUUAUUGUCCAAAGAAAAAGAAGUGUUGUAUAUGAAGUUCUUUAAGAGUUUAAUAUUUUUGAAUAGCAAUAAUGAGAGAAUGGAAAGUUGAAAAUUACAUAGUGUGAGAAGUUUCUGUGAGAAGAAUCUUACUACUGAAAUCUUAAAAAUGUUGAAUUUUAAAUUCAGAGAAAGCACCAUUAAAUUAAAUAUCGAUUGUUAGAUCUAUUGAGAUUUUUUUUAUUUCCCUUUCUUCAUUAACAUGUGUUUGAGCUUACUUUGACCUCAGAGUGUCAAAGUUAUCAUACUGUAUGGUUAGCAAUAAAAAACACUGUUGAAAAUUACUUUUUCUCUAUGUUAAGAUAUUAGGAGAUUGUGCUCCAUCUUUUUAAUUUAAAAAUCAUGAUAUAUUUAUGAAUAUAUUUGUUAUGUUAUGGUUAUAUUUAUCAUCUUUAAUAAAGAAUUUUUAUUU